AUGAUCAAAUUACAGAGAAUUUUCAUACUUUUAAUCUCCAUUUUACCCCCGAUUCUAUCUCAGAAUCCCAUUGAUUGCAACCGGUCAUGCGCCGGCGGCGAACUCAAGAACGUCCCCUAUCCAUUUGGCUUCUCCGGCGACUGUGAAAUCCGGCUCAAUUGCACCUCCAACGGCACCGUUUUGAUUGGUGGAUUUGAUGUCCACCAAAUCAAAUCCCAUGAGUUACUCGUCAGCCUUCCGGCCAAGUGCGGCCGCGCUGUUGACGCACUCCGCCUCCUCUACGGUAAUCACUACGCUCCCUUGGCGACUAACGCGAUCCUGAUGGAAAACUGCACGGAGCAGAUGCAGAAUUGCAUGAUUCCGAUGACGAUGUUACGAACCCACCUCGACGUCAAUUGCGGUGGCGUUCAGGAUGGUUAUGGUAACGUGAGUUGUUACUCCGGUGGUAUUUCUCGGAUGUUCAUUGACUAUGAAAACAUGACCAGGACGGGGUGCCGGUUUUUGUUUUCCGGCGUUGCGACAGAGAUGAUUGGGAAAAGCACGGCGAUAUCUUUGGCGGUGCAAAUGGUUAGGUUGGGAUGGUGGAUUCCGGGGACUUGCAACUGUUCUCGUCAUGCUGUUUGUACGAAGAUUGUGUCACCGGAUGGAAGCGAUGGUCAUCGGUGUGCGUGUAAACACGGAUUCGACGGUGAUGGGUACAAACCUAGCUCCGGUUGCCGGAAACGAGACGAUUCUUCUGGAUGCAACCCUACAAAAUACUUCUCCGGUGAUUGCGGGGGAACCGGUAGAGUUGGUGUUUUAGUUGGAGCUGCUGUUGUGGGAGCUUCACUGAUUGUUUGCAUAGGCUUGAUUAUUUGCUUCAUUCGUCGCCGAACCAUUUCAAGAUCGCGAAGUAGAGUAAACCGACAGUUUUGUGAAGCCAAAGGCAUCACCAUUCCAAUUUACGCUUAUAAAGACAUCGAAAAGGCCACCAAUGGCUUCUCCGAUAAACAACGCCUAGGAACCGGAGCCUAUGGCACCGUCUAUUCCGGCAAACUCCACAAUGGCGAAUGGGUUGCCAUCAAACGGAUCAAAGAUCGAUCCAAUGGUGAAAACAAGAUUGAUCAAGUUAUGAACGAGAUCAAACUUCUUUCAUCGGUAAGCCACCCAAAUCUUGUUCGUUUGUUAGGUUGUUCGGUUGACAGAGACGAACAAAUACUCGUUUAUGAGUUCAUGCCAAACGGGACAUUAUCGCAGCACUUGCAAAAAGAAAGAGGCAAUGGGCUUCCGUGGCCCGUUCGACUUACCAUCGCCAUGGAAACCGCUCAAGCGAUUGCGUACCUACACUCGGUUAUGAACCCGCCCAUCUAUCAUAGAGACGUGAAAUCGAGCAACAUAUUGUUAGAUUAUAGUUUCAAAACAAAAGUAGCAGAUUUCGGGCUUUCUCGACUGGGAAUAAUGGAAUCAUCGCAUAUUUCAACGGCUCCACAAGGCACACCGGGGUAUUUAGACCCGGAAUAUCAUCAGAACUUCCAUCUUUCCGAUAAAAGCGACGUUUAUAGCUUCGGGGUCGUGUUGAUUGAGAUCAUAACCGGUUUUAAAGCGUUGGAUUUUUCACGACGACAUAGUGAGGUCAACUUAGCAUCACUAGCAGUUGAUCGAAUCAAAAAGGGGUGUCUUGAUGAGAUAAUCGAUCCUUUUCUCGAGCCUAACAAAGACCAGUGGACGAUUUCUUCGAUCAAUAAGGUUGCGGAAUUGGCAUUCCGAUGCCUUGCGUUUCAUAGCGAGAUGAGACCUUCGAUGAGCGAGGUGGCGGGCGAGCUGGAGCAAAUCAUGGAAGUUAGAGAGAAGAUGAAUAUCAGAAUAGAAUCAGAAGAAGGAUCUAACAGUUCAUCUUCAUAUGUGAAUAUGAUUGAUGAAGAGGAGGUUAAAGACGAUGAAUCUGAUAAAAAGGGUUUGUUUGAUAGCAUGGAUUCAACGAAAGAUGAACGGGUAUGUGAUUCCAGCUCACUUUCGUCCAGCGGAAUACUUGGUUCCAGUUCCAGGAAGUAAAACCCUAAUCAUUUUUGUGCAAUGUAAGGCAUCAACAGUCUUCUAGAAGUUUCACCAUAACAGUGAUGAUUAAGGUUUGUGUCUCAUGUUACUUUGUACGGCAUCGUCUAAAGAGCGGUUUUGUAACAUGGUAUUUAAUUUCUU